AGCUGAAUUUAGGGAAGAGCGCGCGGGAGCCAGAUAAGGCGCUAAGAGCUAACCCCCCCCCAACCCCGCCCCGCCACCUGGGCGCGGCCCUGCACUGCGGCACCCAGAAGACACCCUGUCCCCGGCGCCCACCGCGCCCAGAGCCCCGCGAGCGGCGCUGGAGACGCCCCGCUGCCCUCCAGCCCCGCGCGCCUGCUCCUCUGCGCUCCUCGGGUGCAGCCCGGUGGUCGGAACCCCAGCUUUCCUCGGCCGCGCUCGCGGCCCCCGAAGUUCGGGCUCGCUCUGCCCCUCCCGCACCCCACGCCCGGCUCCACCCGGUGCCGCGAAGUCCAGCUGGGCACCAAGUUCCCACGCGGCGCGCGGAGCCCGCCGCCGGCCCGCCUGCGCCCCCUGCUGGCCGGCCGCGCGGCCCGUCUUGCCGUCGGUCUCCCCGCACCUGCGGGCGUCCCCCGGGAGACUGCCCCUCCGCUCCGCCCUCAGAGCCCUCCCCAGCCCCGGGCCCGUUCCUUUGCCGGAGAAACCGAGAGCCGCAGCGUGGGGGCUGUCGUGAGGGCGGACCCGAACUGUCUCCAAGUUGGGUCUUUUCGAGGGAUGUCCCCCGGGGUGGGCACUUUGGGGAGCGGCCAGGGCCUCGCGUGGGAUACGACUGUGUGCGGGGAAGCAGGGUGUUUAGGACCCAGGGGAAGCCCGGGGCGGCUCCCUGGGCAGCGGGAGAUGCCCCCUCCCCCCGCGGGGUGAGCGGCUCAGAUGUCCCCGUAGCUCAGGCGCUGGCGCUCCGCACCCUCCACCUGCGGCAGCGGGGGCUGGCGCCCCGGCCCCGGCCCGGCCCCCUCCCCCAACCCCAUGCCUCAGCCCUAACCCCGCUGCCCUCCCCUGCGGAGGGCAUUUCCCCGUGCCUCGGGCCCCCUGCCCGCCCUGUCCACGUCGGGCGCCAUGAACGACCAGUACCACCGGGCGGCCCGGGACGGCUACCUGGAACUCCUCAAGGAGGCCACCCGGAAGGAGCUGAAUGCCCCCGACGAGGACGGCAUGACCCCCACCCUCUGGGCUGCCUACCACGGCAACCUGGAGUCGCUGCGUCUCAUCGUGAGCCGUGGGGGGGACCCAGACAAGUGUGACAUCUGGGGCAACACGCCCCUGCACCUGGCAGCUUCCAACGGGCACCUGCACUGCCUGUCCUUCCUGGUGUCUUUCGGGGCCAACAUCUGGUGCCUGGACAACGACUACCACACGCCGCUGGACAUGGCCGCCAUGAAGGGCCACAUGGAGUGCGUGCGCUACCUGGACUCCAUCGCGGCCAAGCAGAGCAGCCUCAGCCCCAAGCUGGUGGGCAAGCUGAAGGACAAGGCCUUCCGCGAGGCCGAGCGACGCAUCCGCGAGUGCGCCAAGAUGCAGCGCAAACACCACGAGCGCAUGGAGCGGCGCUACCGGCGCGAGCUGGCGGAGCGCUCGGACGCACUCAGCUUCUCCAGCCUCACGUCCAGCACCCUGAGCCGCCGGCUGCAGCACCUGGCGCUGGGCAGCCCCCUGCCCUACUCGCAGGCCACGCUGCACGGCACGGCCAGGGGCAAGACCAAGAUCCAGAAGAAGCUGGAGCGGCGCAAGCAGGGCGGCGAGGGCACGUUCAAGGUCUCCGAGGACGGCCGCAAGAGCGUGCGCUCGCUGUCCGGCCUGCAGCUGGGCAGCGACGUGAUGUUCGUGCGCCCGGGCACCUAUGCCAACCCCAAGGAGUGGGGCCGCGCCCCGCUCCGGGACAUGUUCCUCUCCGACGAGGACAGCGUCUCCCGUGCCACGCUGGCGCCCGAGCCUGCCCACUCGGAGGUCAGCACUGACUCCGGCCACGACUCCCUCUUCACCCGCCCCGGCCUGGGCACCAUGGUCUUCCGCAGGGACUACCUGAGCAGCGGGCUGCACGGGCUGGGCCGCGAGGACUCGGGGCUGGACGGGGCCGGCACGCUGCGGGGCCGGCUGCAGAGCUCCCCGAGCCUGGACGAGGACAGCCUGGGCAGUGCCAACAGCCUGCAGGACCGCAGCUGCGGGGAGGAGCUGCCCUGGGACGAGCUGGACUUGGGGCUGGACGAGGACCUGGAGCCCGAGACGAGCCCACUGGACACCUUCCUGGCCGCGCUGCACCUGCAGGACUUUGCUGCCCUCUUGCGGCAGGAGAAGAUCGACUUGGAGGCGCUGAUGCUGUGCUCCGACCUGGACCUCCGCAGCAUCAGCGUGCCCCUGGGGCCCCGCAAGAAGAUCCUGGGGGCCGUGCGGAGGCGGAGGCAGGCGCUGGAGCGCCCGCCCGCCCUGGAGGACACGGAGCUGUGAUCCUGGGACCCCUCCCCUGCUCCCCGCACCAAAAUGAAUUGCAAGUUGCCACAAGCCACAGUGGGGCCACGAGGCCCCCACAGCCGCCAGCCCCGCGCCCCCUUCCCUUGGAGCAAGGACCACAUAGGAGAGGCCUGUCCACUCCCAGCCAUCCCAGACCCCUGAGCUGCCCCACCACCACCACGUGAGCGGAAGGCCAGCCCCAGAGGGCGGGCAGGACUGGAUGACAUCAGAGCUGGCUGGGAGUCCCAGGCACCAUUGUCUCUCCCACCUCUCCCCCAGCCCCUCGCUUGCUUCCUGCAUUUUGUAAAAGGAAGAGUCUGGGCCGCCUCCCCUUCCCCAUUAGCCCAGAGGGGAGGGUCCCAGUGCACUCUUCAGCCAAACGACUCGACUCUCGGUCCCCACCCCACCCCGCACAAGGCCAGGGCCAGGAGCUGGGGAGCUGGGGUGGGGUGCGGGUGACCUGGGGCAGAGUCAGGGUGGUCCCGCCCUCUCCGUCCUGUCCUCCCUUGGGCACCCGAGGGCCAGGGUGCUGGACACAGGUCCAGAACACCAGGCUGCAGUAUUAAGGCCCCAGGCCUGGCGGGCACCUGCCAACUGCUCCAGGGUCUCCCAGGCCCCCCACAGGCAGAGGCUGGGCGUGACGGGUGCGGGACCCUGCGGGCAGGUCCUGCUGUGUGGACAGGGAAGAGUGGGGCUCACCUACUUGUCCCCAGGCCCCCGGGGCUGUGUGAGUGUGAGUGUGACAGUGAGUGUGAGUGUGCCCUGGGGGGAGGCGCUCAUUGGGGGUUUCCCUCACGGUCUUCCAGGGCCCAGGCUGUGGCCUGAUUCUGCCUGGGUCGUGAGCCAGAGCUCACCAUGGGUCCCAGCGUGGUGAUGGUGAUGGGACCAGGGAGAGGCCAGCCCAGAGGGUCCUCAGAGCGCAUGUCCCCAGCCGCGUGCCCCCAGGAGCCCGCACAUGUGUGUGCACACACGUGCCCUCCCUCCUGCCCGCGGCCCACCCCCGGCCUUGGCCACAGCCUGGGAAGCGGCCCCAGCUGGGAGCACAGCCCAGAGCCUCCGGUGCCCCUGAGGGAGGAGGUAGAGCCUCACCCCGGCCACCUCCCCCAGGGCCUAGCCUGGGGCCACCCCCAAGUGCCGACUCCUCUCUCUCAGGGCCCCAGGUGCUGCCAGUUCUGCCCGUGCUGGGGCAGGGCCCCCCCCCAUGCACGCCCCUCCCUCAGGCUCAUUAUAACUUUUGUAGAGAAAGUUCUACAUCA